AUGAAGCUCAUCACUCCAGCCCUUCUGUUGGCUCCUCUGGUCGUCGCGACUGGCAGCCAUUUGAAGAGAGCAACGCUUGUGCCUCGCCAAGAAAGCAAUGCUGUAUACCACACGGAUCUAUUCACUGGUACCAACUUGAAGCAAGAACAAUCUGUCUUGAACAACAGCGACCUCCAAUACACCCUCCGCAAUGGCAAGCCAUGGUUCCAGCCGCUUGGAGCUCAGCGGGCCGGUGAAAAGGGACCCCUUCUACUGCAAGACGUCCAUAUGAUCGAUACCCUGGCGUCAUUCAACCGAGAGAGAAUACCUGAACGAAUUGUGCAUGCUCGCGGCGCUGGUGCGCAUGGCUUCUUCGAAGUCACCACCGAUUUUGCCGAGAAGCUCUCGGCCGCAGACGUCUUCAAGAAGGGCACUCGAACUUCGGUCACAAUGCGAUUCUCGACUGUCGGUGGUGCGAGAGGCUCGGCAGAUGAAGCGAGGGAUCCUCGCGGUUUCGCUAUCAAGAUGAGGACGAAGCAAGGAAUCCUUGAUCGGGUGUUCAACAACACGCCUGUCUUCUUCAUUCGGGACCCUGUUAAAUUUCCAAGAUUCAUUCACACCCAGAAGACUGAUCCCGCGACGAACACCAGGGAUUGGAAUACGUUCUGGAGCUGGCCAGCUCAAUUCCCCGAAGCUCUACUACAGUUCUUGCGACUCUUUUCCGACCUAGGCACUCCGUACGGGUUCAGGCAUAUGCACGGCUGGAGUGGCCACACUUACAAACUGGUCCAGGAAGACGGCAGCUGGGUAUAUUGCAGGGUCUAUGUCGAGAGUGAUCAAGGCGUCAAGAACUUCACUGCUGCUGAGGCAGCCAAGGUCUCCGGCAACAACGACGCUUGGGCGACGGCAGAUCUCUUCGAUUCGAUCAAAGACGGCAACUACCCUUCUUGGACUGUUGGAAUCGCCACCAAGACGGAAGCAGAGGCUGCAGCAUACAGAUAUGACAUUCUCGACCUCACUAAGGACUGGCCUGAUGCAGAGUACCACGAAGUUGGCCGCAUCACGCUCACACAGAACCCAGAAAACUAUUUCGCCGAAAUCGAACAAUCCCACUUCUCCCCUGGACACCUCGUCCCAGGCUGGGAACCCUCCAACGAUCCCGUCCUGCAAUCCCGACUCUUUUCAUACGGAGAUGCUGGACGAUACAGAGUCGGCGUCAACGUCGACGACGUUCCCGUCAACUGCCCCUUCGCAAGCGUAGCCAACUUCGACCGAGACGGCUGGUUGACGCAGCACGGCAACCAAGGCUGGAGGAAAAACUUCCCAGCCGAAUACAUCGACCCAAUCCAGGUGAUCGAGAAGCCUGGCACUGUCAUCGAGCAGGAGCUGAACGGCUCGACAGUGCAUUGGGAGAGCGUUAUCGACGAGAAUAUCGAUUACGAGCAGCCGAGACUGUUCUAUGAGGGCUUCUCGCAGACGGAUAAGGAUCACCUGUACAGCAACAUCGCUGGUACUUUGGUGAACCUUGACAACCAGGCAGUCUUCAACGCACUAUUGGAACAGUUUGGAAAAGUGCACCGGGGCCUGGAAGCCGGCGUGAGGACUGCGUAUGCAGCCGCCAAAGCCAACACGACUUCUACGAAGAAAUGA